AUGACCUACUUUCUCUUUUAUAAAAAUAAAAACAAAACCUGUUUAUGCUAUAGAACAUUCCGAUCUAUCUUGAAAGUGAUUGGUAACAAUCUAGACAAGUACACUGGAUAUCCAAGAACUAUAGGUGAAUGUGGUGGCAAAAAUUAUCACUUUCUUCAUCCAUCUGCUAAUUUAGAAGAAGCUGCUGUAGGCACUAUUCGUAGUUCAUUUGAAUACUCUGGACAAAAGUGUAGUGCAUGCAGUCGUCUCUAUGUACCAGAGAGUUUAUGGGAAAAAUUUAAAGGCCUACUUCUCAGUCACUAUAAACAAUUAAAAGUUGGGUCGCCGCUUGAUUCAGAUACAUUCACUUCGGCUGUUAUAGAUCAAAAUGCAUUCAAAAAAAUUUCUAGUUACCUACAAUAUGCAUCUAGUUGUGCAGAUAUUGAAGUUAUUGCUGGCGGUCAUGGGAAUGAUAAAGUCGGCUAUUUUAUUGAACCUACAAUAUUAAAAACGAAGAAUCCAACGGAUAAAUUAAUGAAGGAUGAUAUUUUCGGACCAAUUGUAUGUGCAUACGUGUAUCGUGACAAUGAAGUCGAUAAAACAUUAGACUUGGUCAACACAACCACAGAGUAUGCAUUGACUGCAUCAACAACCGAAUUCGGAUCUUCAAUACAAACGUCAGGUCAGUCAGUUCUUCUAUACUGAUCAGAAACUUGUUGGGGGGAGGGUCACAAAGAAUAUUUCCAACAGCCUGUUGCAGACCUUUAUCAACAACAACUGUCUUCGCUUUAUACUGAAGAUCAGAUGACUGGGCCGGAAAGAAUCACCAACAAGAAACUAUGGGAACAAACCAACAGACGAGAGUCGAUCGCCCAACAAAUAUGCAGGAGAAAGUGGAUUGAGAU